GUAUUUUGUCUAUGAUAACUGUUAAUAUCUGAAGGAGCUGAACAACAAAAACAGUUCCAAAAGAACUAGUUCUGUUCAAAUCUUCCAUAUUGUAAUAAAUUAUUCUUAUCAAGUCAUUACCAACCGUAGCCGAAAACAACCAAUACUAACAGGGGAUACAUUUUCAGCCAAUCGCUGAGUUGUGGGUGGCACAGACAACGGACACGAUGUGAGUGUUAUUUCCCUUUGCUGUACGAUGAGAAACAGCAAUAGUGUUCUCUUAACAUGUGCGGAAAGUAUAGUUACACAACUACUGUACGGACAGAAGUCCGGUAAACAGACGGGAAUACUAUACUAGCUAGCAAGCGCACUGGUCCUGAGAAAGUCUGCGCCUGGGCACAAUGGAGCCCCUUCGGAAAAAUGCGAAGGUCAAUCCGGCUGCCACAGCUAAUCUUCUUUCUAAAGUGUUCUUCUGCUGGCUGAACCCGCUCUUUAGCGUUGGCUACAAGCGGAAACUGGCGGAGGAUGACAUGUACCAAGUGCUGCCAGAGGAUGGGUCUGAGAGGCUGGGGGAGGACCUGCAACGCCACUGGGACCAAGAAGUGCUGGAGGCAGCCAAGGACCUCCGUACACCCAAACUCACCAAAGUUCUCAUAAAGUGCUACUGGAGGCCUUAUGCUGUUAUAGGAAUCUUUACUCUAUUAGAGGAGGUAAUCAAGGUGAUUCAGCCGGUGUUUUUGGGGAAGUUGAUCCUGUACUUCGAGGAGCACGGCCUGGACGACAAGGCCGCCCUCCAUGAGGCCUAUGGCUAUGCCGCAGGCAUCUCGCUGUCCAGCAUCGGGCUGGCCAUCAUUCACCACCUCUACUUCUACCACGUCCAGCGAGCUGGCAUGAAGAUCCGGGUGGCCAUGUGUCACAUGAUCUACAAGAAGGCCCUUUGCCUCAGCAGUACAGCUAUGGGAAAGACAACCACUGGGCAGAUUGUGAACCUCUUAUCCAAUGAUGUCAACAAGUUUGAUGAGGUCACCAUAUUUUUGCACUUCCUGUGGGCGGGGCCUCUGCAGGCGGCCGCUGUGAUUGGGCUGCUGUGGAACGAGAUCGGCCCGUCGUGCCUUGCUGGGAUGGCUGUGCUGGUCUUCCUGAUGCCUUUGCAAACCCUGUUUGGCCGCCUGUUCUCUUCCUUCAGGAGCAAAACGGCCGCAUUGACCGACAACAGAAUCCGCACCAUGAAUGAAGUAGUGUCCGGGAUGCGCAUCAUAAAGAUGUACGCGUGGGAGAAGCCCUUCUCCGCCCUGGUGAAUGAAGUCAGGAGGAAGGAGAUCUCGAAGGUCCUGAAGAGCUCGUACCUGCGGGGGCUGAACAUGGCCUCGUUCUUCGUGGCGGGGAAGGUGAUCGUGUUCGUCACCUUCACGGUGUACGUGCUGGUGGGGAACACCAUCUCGGCCAGCCGCGUCUUUGUGACCGUGUCCCUGUACAGCGCCGUCCGGCUCACCGUCACCCUCUUCUUCCCCUCCGCCGUCGAGAAGGUGUCCGAGACGCUCAUCAGUGUGCGCAGGAUCAAGAAUUUCCUCCUGCUGGAUGAGACUGUGAAGCAGGUAGCUGAGCUGCCCCAGGAGGAGAAGAAGGAGCCCACAGUGGAGAUACAGGAUCUGAUUUGCUACUGGGACGAGAGCCUGGAUGCUCCGACCCUGCAGAACGUGUCGUUCACAGUGAAGCCAGAGCAGCUGCUGGUGGUCAUCGGACCCGUGGGCGCAGGAAAGGUCAGAGAUCUAACGCUCUGCUAUCGGUUUUAUAUCUGCGCUCUGUGUUUAUACUGCUGUCCGGACUUUGAGCUACCCAGAGAGAAGGGCGUGGUCAAGGUGAGAGGGGCCCUGACCUACGCCUCCCAGCAGCCCUGCGUUUUCCCCGGAACCAUCCGCAGCAACAUCCUGUUUGGCAAGGAGCUCCACCCCCAGAAGUACGAGAAGGUGCUGAGAGCGUGCGCGCUCACCAGGGACAUGGAGCUGCUGCCGGACGGAGACCUGACGGUGAUUGGGGACCGAGGAGCCACUCUCAGCGGGGGGCAGAAGGCCCGCGUUAACCUGGCCAGAGCGGUCUAUCAGGAUGCUGAUAUCUACCUGCUGGACGAUCCCCUCAGUGCUGUGGACGCUGAGGUGGGGAAACACCUGUUUGAGCAGUGCAUCUGCGGGCUCCUGAGGAAGAAGCCGCGUAUCCUGGUGACCCACCAGCUGCAGUACCUGAAGGCUGCCGACCAGAUCCUGGUCCUGAAGGAGGGUCACAUGGUGGCGAGGGGCACGUACUCAGAACUGCAGCGCUCUGGGCUGGACUUCACCUCCCUUCUGAAGCACGAGGAGGAGGAGGAGCAGCAGGGGGUGGAGCUGCGCAGCCGCACCCUCUCCCAGACCUCCAUGCGCUCCCAGUCCUCCUCCCUGCUGUCCGUCAAAGACGGGGCCGACCAACUGCCGGCGGAGCAGGUCCAGUCCAUCGCCGAGGAAACGCGCUCCGAGGGGAAGAUCAGACUCAGCCUGUAUCUGAAGUUUUUGAGAGCCGGGGCCAACACCCUCUUCCUGCUCCUGCUCGUCGUCCUCAACCUGUUUGCUCAAGUGUCAUACAUCCUGCAGGACUGGUGGCUGGCUUACUGGUCAUCAAUGCAGGAGAAGCUCAAUGUCACGGCAACCACUGCCCAGUCCAACGGACUCAAUCAGACCCAACAGCUGGACCUCAGCCUCUACCUGGGGGUCUACGGAGGGCUGACGGUGGCCACCAUCAUCUUCGGCUUCCUGCGCAGCCUGCUGUUCUUCAACGUGCUGGUGAGGUCUGCGCAGUCGCUGCACAACCGCAUGUUCCAGUCCAUCCUGCGCACGCCCAUCCGCUUCUUCGACGUCAACCCCAUCGGGAGAAUCCUCAACAGGUUCACCAAGGACAUCGGUCACCUGGACUCCCAGCUGCCCUGGACGUUCGUUGACUUUAUCCAGGUGUUCCUGCAGAUCUUGGGUGUGAUCGCCGUGGCGACCGCAGUCAUCCCUUGGAUCCUGAUCCCUGUCCUUCCCCUGCUCAUCGCCUUCCUCUUCCUGCGGCGCUACUUCCUGCAGACCUCCCGAGACAUCAAGCGCUUAGAGGCCACCACUCGAAGUCCUGUCUUCUCCCACCUGUCCUCGUCUCUCCAGGGACUCUGGACGAUCCGAGCCUUCAGAGCAGAGCAGAGGUUUCAGGAAUCGUUCGACGCACACCAAGAUUUGCAUUCGGAGGCCUGGUUUUUGUUCCUCACCUCGUCCCGCUGGCUGGCGGUUCGUCUGGACGCUAUCUGCGCCGUCUUCGUCACCAUCACCUCCUUCGGCUGUCUGCUGCUGCGAAACGAUUUGGAGGCGGGCUCAGUGGGUCUGGCGCUGUCCUAUGCUGUCACUCUCAUGGGUAUGUUUCAGUGGGGAGUCCGACAGAGCACCGAGGUGGAGAACAUGAUGACGUCAGUGGAGAGGGUGGUGGAGUACACAGAGCUGGAGAACGAGGCCCCCUGGGAGACUGAGAAGCGGCCCCCUCCGGAGUGGCCCAGCCAGGGCUGCGUCACCUUCGAUCGGGUCAGCUUCGCCUACAGCGCCGACGGGCCCGUGGUCCUCAAGAACAUGAAGGCUGUGUUCCGACCCAAAGAGAAGGUGGGCAUUGUGGGAAGGACUGGCGCCGGUAAGAGCUCCCUCAUCUCCGCCCUCUUCCGCCUGGCCGAACCCGAGGGCAGGAUCUUCAUCGACGGCGUCCUGACCUCCGAGAUCGGCCUGCACGACCUCCGGCAGAAGAUGUCCAUCAUCCCUCAGGAUCCUGUGCUCUUCACUGGGAGCAUGCGGAAGAACCUGGACCCCUUCAGCCAGCACACAGACGAGGACCUGUGGAACGCCCUUCAGGAGGUGCAGCUGAAGGGGGUGGUGGAGGAGUUGCCGGGGCGACUGGAGACGGAGCUGGCCGAGUCCGGCUCGAACUUCAGCGUGGGCCAGAGGCAGCUGGUCUGCCUGGCGCGGGCCGUCCUGAGGAAGAACCGCAUCCUCAUCAUCGAUGAGGCCACGGCCAACGUGGACCCAAGGACAGAUGAGCUGAUUCAGAAGACCAUUCGGGAGAAAUUCAGGGAGUGCACGGUCCUCACCAUUGCCCACCGCCUCAAUACCAUCAUCGACAGCGACCGCAUACUGGUUCUGGACGCUGGCAGGAUACAGGAAUAUGCUGAGCCCUACGUCCUGCUGCAGAACCAGGGGGGCAUCUUCAGCAGCAUGGUCCAGCAAAUGGGCAAGAAUGAGGCCGCCGCCCUCCUGCAGACAGCCAAACAGACGUACCUGAGCAGGAGCCAGACAAACCUGGCGAACGGUGUCAUCAGCGGCAAUGGCGACGGCAGUCUCAUCAUCUUCGAGACGGCGCUAUAACAUCAAAGAUGCUGCGGCCCCUGUGCCCGACCCUGCCCACACUCCCGGCCAUGUCCAUCGCUAUGGUAACUUCCUGUCCAGGCUUCGGGGAAGUCUCUGGGCUUAGCACUCCACACAGUAACUUGUGGCUCGUUUCUGUGGAGCGACAGACUUUGCAUCUUAUUUUAAAGGGCACGUAAGGUUGUUAUCAAGAAAAUAUGUGUGUGUGUGUGCAUGCAUGUGUGUGUGCGUGUGUGUGUGUGUCUGUGUGAGAGACACACAUAUCCCCCCCUGACCUUAAUCUGUAGAGAAAGAGAUUAAGGUGAAGUAAAACUAUUAAUGCCUUUUUGACAGUUGAUUGUAUUGUAUACAUGUAUGUGCCUUAAUAGUCUAUUUAAGUGCCAGAUAGAAUUUGUUUAAUUUUUUAAUGGGCCAAAAAGACAGGAAAACUAGUGUUGCGUUCUUUAAGGUGGCCUAGUUUUGUGGAUGAACCAAAAGAACACCAUGGAACCAUGCCGGUGCCUUCUCAAUGCCUUGCUGUCUGUGUUUUAAGGACUGAAUAUUUUAUGUUGUGUGUGGUCGGUUGAUGGUGCAAUAACUAGUUCAAAGACAGAUGCCUUGUCUUUUUUUAUUUGUGACUUGUUUUAUGGUUCUAUCUGGUACAGUUUUACUAUUGACUCCCACAUAUUGAUAAGUGACUUCGGUAAGCUGACAAGCUGCGUUUCCACCCAAAGUACCCAGAACUUUUAGUCCCAGGAACUACUUUUCAAGGAACUAAAAGGUUCCUUCAGCCCAUUGUUGUCUGCGUUUCCACCGCGGUCUAAAGUCCCGCUGACGUAUGAAAAAGCGACUUAAUCACCUGAAAUUGAAUUAUUUUGGGGCAUAUUAUUUUACUGUUGUCAAGCAAAACUCUCGUUGGUAGUUCGACUUGGACCGUUGUUAUGCAACAAACAGGAUAUAACAGACCAACAUACAGAUUGUAACUGUUUUAUAUGUCCUCUCAAACACAUUCAUUGUGUUUUUAAGCGAACAUUCACUUUCAUGUCUUGACAUCCGAGGCCUCAAAAGGUUCCUAGUUCCUGGGGAAAGUUCCUGCGGUGGAAACGUGGCUAUAGACUUGCAACUUCAUGCGACGGCCAGUUUAUUCUUAGACCAGUGUACUCCUUUCUUUUAAUGAAUGUAACAGCGUACAGAAACGACUCUCCCUUUUCACUGCAACACGUUACUCUAACAGCUGCUGUUUAGGGUCCGAACCAUGGGGAUGCAAACCAUCACAGAUCAACACUAACACCUUUAAUCAAACUGCUUAACCUAAACACGUUUGUGAAAUGCAUCUUCCUAUCAUUUCUGAGGUCUGAGCUCCUUAGGAUUUUCAUUGCUGGAAAAUCUUCAGUCUAGGUGAUCCAAACAAACUGACUGUUCAUCUGUAGACAUUUUCUGACUAUAUUUAAAGAGCUAAUUAGACGCAAGUACCUCUGAAGAAGUAUUCAUUGUAAAUUGGAGUGCAGAGAUAUUGUUUUGUUGGUACAAUGGGACUUCAUUGUAUAAAGGCAUGUGCCAUAUAGGUUGUAUUUGCUUAAGCAAGAAAUAAAAGCAUUGAGAUGAAACUUCAAGCGUAACAUGGCAUGACAUUUGGCUUGUCUAAAAAUGUCAAUUGCAGCAUCAUGUGGGCAUUCUCCAUCUGUAUAAAUAUUCAUUUUGUAGGUUUCGAUGAACAGACUUUUGGUGGGCCCACUUUUGCAAGUGUUUAGUGAAGCUGUUUGUGGAGACCCUAUAUAUAGUCUACGUUUUUUUAUUCUGUUAAAGCCGUCACAGAGGAUUUAGUUCUCUUGUUUUGGUUUUCAUAAUUACGUGUACAGUCCUGCUUGAAAGUUUGUGAACCCCUGUGCAUUUUUGACAUUUUGAGUAUCCAGUGAUCUACAAGCCUCCCUUGCUGCAUCUGAUGUCACUGUGCAUUGGUCAGCAGUAAGAAGACUAAAUAGAAAUGGCAUACAAGCAAAUGGCAUCCACCACCUGGAGAACCCUGGAGAUUUCUGUGAGUCCAAACUAUCUGCCCCCAAGCAAAAAUGUUUGAUAAAAACCCAAUGCUGUUCACCACCAGAACAGCCUUCUCCCGAUGAUGGGAGUGUCAUGGUCUGGGGCUGCUUUUCUUCCUCUUGUCCCGUGCGACGUCUCUGAAAAGGAACCAUGAGUUCUGAAGGAUUCCAGAGGAUUCUUGAAAAGAAUGACAGGCCAUCAGUCCACCCGCUAAAGCCAGUCUGAAUGUGGGUGUUCCAACCUGACAAGGAGCAUUAAAAUAAGCAUUCGAGCAAAUCUAUCAGAGAAUGGCUCAGGAUGUUUCUGUGUUUUGGGGAAGGCCAAGUCAAAGUCCUGCCCUGAAUCCAAGCGAGAUGCAGAGGCAGGACCUGCAGUGGGCUGUUCUUGUGAGACAGCCCUCAAACCUUAACGGACUGGCCAAGUUCUGUAAAGAUGUUCCUCCAGGAAGACACACAGACUGAUCAGUGGACAUGGGAGACUAUCAUACUGCAGCCAUCGCUGCUAAAGGAGGUGCCACAAGUUAUUGAUUGAAGGGGUUCACAUAUUCUCGCACACAGAAAUCUUUUUAUGUUACAUACACCAGUUAAAUAAAUUGUGUUUUACAUGUCCUUUAUUUGGGAAAUCUUAAUGAAGUUUGGAGGCUUACACAAGACUGUUGUAAGGCUGUUUCUCUAAAAUUAUUUAAAAUAAUGACCAAUCUUUGUAGGUUUCACAGACUUUCAAGCAUGACUGUAUAAGUAUCAAGUUUUACAUAUAAAAACAUGUUGUGGUCAGAUAAUAUCUCUGGCAGUCUUUGCUCAAUAGAACAGAAGAAUGUGAUGUUUGCAAGCCUUUAAUAAACUGUGUGGUGUCUGAGGCAUCUGCCGCUCUGACGUUACACUCCAUAUGUAAUGCACCAUGUCACACUUACAUUACCAUCAAUACAUAAUGCCUCCAUGUCACACUCUUACAUUACCGUCAAUACGUAAUGCACCAUGUCACACUCUUACAUCAUCAUCAACAUGUAAUGCACCAUGUCUAACAUUACAGUCAGUGUGUAAAAAGCUGUGUCAUACUGUGACAUCACAGUCAGCAUGUUAAACGUUGUCAUACUGUGACAUUACAGUCAGUGUGUAACGCAUGGUGUUGUACUCUGACAUUACAGUCAGUGUGUAAUGCUCAGCUGUGCUCCUAAAUUGCCUCCAGUUUGUAAUUCAACUGUGGGAUGCUACCAUUAUGGUGGGUGCUUGAUGCACUGUCACGUGCCUUACAGUCAGUCUGUGCAUAAUGCAUGGACUCACACUGUUGUUUUCCCAAAUUUUACAAUGUCCAACUGUUUGGAGAAUUCAUUUUUACACCCUCCACUAUCAAUCAGCGGAGAGCUCGUGCAGAUUAAAGUGGGUGGGGGGAUCACUGGCGCAAGCUGAAAUGCUGAGAUCCUGGCUGACGGAAACCCUCCAGUCCUUGGGCAAUGGUAGAGCCAGUUGCGCAGGGCUGCCAGGCUACCAGACGCGGGCAGCGUUGUCAUGGUCCGGAUUCAGUACCAGACCGAGGGGCCCAUCCGUGCGCUAGAACAGGGCCUCUGUGAGCCACCCAUCUGCCGCUGUUCUCUAAUGUUCAUUUAUAUUUACUUUACUGGCGCAGGGUUGCAGGCCUGUGUGCAGGAAGGGGCCAGUUAGCCAGUCAAUGCUCUUUAACAUGGGAGCUAAAGAAAAUAGCUAAUACGCGUUUUCACCGUUGACCUCUCGUUCAGAUUUCCUCAGUUCCACAUUGCGGUGAGCCUUUAGCUUGAGUGGGCCUCGUGCUUCCUGCUGCGCAGUGGAAUGCCAGCUCUUUUAGUUAUGCGUGACAAUCGCGGUGCCUUGACCUGAAGAAUGCGUCCUCUUCAGCUGCACUACCAAUGCGUGUCUUAUGACCUGAUGGAUUUACUUGAAUAGCGUGCACUGUGAUUGGUGGAACACUGACGAGGACCGUACUUCCUGCUUGUAGUUAUGGUUUAAGUAACAGAAGGACAUUUAAGAGCAGAGUUGUUAUUUGGUAAUAAUUUUACGGUCAGAUCACAUCUUGCUGGCCUCCUUUGUGGCAGUGUGUCAUCCUGAUGGAGUUUUUUGGUUGACUGAAGUGAAGAUGACGUCAUAGUCUACGAGUUACAGACUUUCUGUCUUUAUGCUUAUAACAACGUUACGUUCCUUUAAUAUUUAUGUGAACGUAUGCACACACGUAUUUGAAGCAAGAUCAUUUUCUUAAUUAAUACAGCAUACGUCAAAAAAUUUAAUGAUGAUAAUCCAAAUUCAUGUUUUAUCAGACGUGUUUAAACAAAUCUCCAGGAAUUUUUUUUAAGAUGGUAUAAUUGCCAUGUUGCUUGUACUCCAAAUACAUACAAUGAUGUUAAGACACUAUUCUGUGCACUGUGUUUAUGUAUCUGAGUGUAUGUAUGGUCUCCAUACAUAUUCUAUUUCCCAUGUGAAAACUGCACAAUUUUAUGUUAAAUAUACAGUUUUCUUUUUCUAAGUCAGUAACAUGGUAUACCAAAUAGUUUUGUAAUAUGUUAGUUGUAUCACUUAGGGUGUAAUCCUUCUCACUACUGUUCAAAAUGUUCUCAACAAUUUUAUGUACUCCUUCAAAGUAUCUCUGAAUGGGCAGUGUAAUGUUGAAUUGCACAGUCACUCUUUAUUUUCUGAUUAUAUUUUAUUGUAUUUUUUUUUCCCUUUUUUUCCCCUGAUGUAAGGAACAUGACAUGCCUGUAACACACAUUAUUUUAUGGCUAUUUUUUUAUUUUAUGUUAUUUAAAUUUUUUUUAAAUGUUCAGGUAUAUCUUCUUUAAUUUUGUCAUUUCCAAUUUACACAUUGUAUUCUUUGUUUAAUCAAGAUCAAUUAAAAAAUAAAAAUGAAAAAAAUCACUAA